GAGGCGAUUUCCUUUAAGAUUAGAUAAACAACCGCAGUGGCGAAGGUUUUCUUAAUUAAUUUUUUACACCUUAAAACUUGCUAGUUUGCCUGUUUUGGUAUUGAGUCGGAGUAGGACGGGUUAAUAUCGUCUCGACGCUUCUUCCGGAUCAUGCCCCACGACCCCGAUCCUCCUCCGGCCAAGAAAUUUAAGCCGGGCUCCCCUUUUUUCCCUACAAACAAAAAGCCUGGAAUGCUGCUGCCAAAGAAGGGAAAUGCGCCCAGUACAAUAGACGUGCAAAGAAAACAGCUUCCUAUUUAUCAGGCCAAAUCUCAGCUCAUCGACCAGCUCAGACAGCUGCACAAUGCUGUGUUAAUCGGAGAGACAGGCUCUGGAAAAACCACACAGAUCCCUCAGUACCUCUAUGAAGCUGGUAUCGGUCGGCAGGGCAUCAUUGCGGUCACUCAGCCUCGACGUGUGGCUGCUAUCUCGCUGGCGGGACGAGUGGCAGAGGAAAAGAGAACUCAACUUGGAAAACUGGUGGGCUACACGGUACGAUUCGAGGACGUGACCUCCCCGGAAACCAAGCUGAAGUUCAUGACUGAUGGCAUGCUGCUCAGAGAGGCGAUCGGAGACCCGCUGCUUUUGCGCUACACGGUUGUGAUCCUGGACGAAGCUCACGAGCGCACUGUUCACACCGACGUCCUCUUUGGAGUGGUCAAGUCCGCCCAGCGCAAACGCAAAGAGCAGAAUAAGAUCCCUCUAAAGGUCAUUGUGAUGUCUGCCACCAUGGAUGUAGACCUGUUCUCUCAGUAUUUUAAUAAGGCUCCUGUGCUGUACUUGGAGGGUCGACAGCACCCGAUUCAGAUCUAUUACACCAAGCAGCCGCAGUCCGAUUACCUACACGCAGCGCUGGUCUCCAUCUUUCAGAUUCACCAGGAAACUCCUCCAUCCCAUGACAUCUUGGUGUUUAUGACGGGUCAGGAGGAGAUCGAAGCCCUGGCUCGUACGUGUCGGGACAUCGCCAAACACCUGCCUGAAACCUGCGGGCUCAUGAUUGUGAUCCCUCUGUACGCAUCACUUCCUCCUGCCCAGCAGCUCAGGGUCUUUCAGCCUGCACCUAAGGGUUGCAGAAAAGUCAUCCUCUCAACCAACAUCGCAGAGACGUCUAUAACUAUUUCUGGAAUUAAAUACGUCAUUGACACAGGAAUGGUGAAGGCCAAGCGCUAUAACCCAGACAGCGGUCUGGAGGUGUUGGCCGUGCAGCGGGUGUCCAAAGCGCAGGCCUGGCAGCGGGCAGGCAGGGCAGGGAGAGAAGACUCUGGCUCCUGUUACCGCCUCUACACCGAAAAUGAGUUCGACAACCUAGCAAACAUGACUGUACCUGAAAUACAACGGUGUAAUCUGGCUGGUGUAAUGCUGCAGCUGCUGGCUUUGGGUGUUCCUGAUGUGUUCAACUUUGACUUCAUGUCCAAGCCGUCACCUGAGUCGAUGCGAAUGGCAGGGGAGCAGCUGGAUCUCCUCGGAGCUGUGGAGAGGAAGGACGAUCGGGUUUCGCUCACUCCUCUGGGCAAAAAGAUGGCCUGCUUUCCCUUGGAACCUCGAUUUGCUAAAACCAUCCUGAUCUCUCCAGACUUCUCCUGUACCGAAGAGGUUCUGACCAUUAUCUCUCUGCUCUCCGUGGACUCUGUGCUCUACAACCCUCCUGCCCGCCGAGACGAGGUGCUUGCCGUACGCAGAAAAUUCAUCUCCAGUGAAGGAGACCACGUGACCUUGCUGAACAUCUACAGGGCCUUCAAGAAAGUCAGUGGAAAUAGGGAGUGGUGUAGGGAGAACUUUGUAAACAGCCGAAACAUGGGUCUGGUUGCUGAAGUCCGAGCCCAGCUGAGAGACAUUUGCAUUAAGCUGGGACUGAAGCUAGAAUCCUCGCUGUCUGAACUGGCUAAUGUGCGGCGCUGCCUGGCCCACGGCAUGUUCGCCAACGCCGCUGAGCUACAGCCAGAUGGCACCUAUGUGGCUCUGGACACCCACCAGACCGUUGCGAUCCACCCGUCUUCCGUCCUGUUCCAGGCCAAGCCGGCCUACGUGGUGUUCAACGAGCUCCUGCAUACAUCACGCUGCUACAUGAGGGACCUGUGUCUGGUGGACGCCGACUGGUUACAGGAAGCAGCGCCGGAGUAUUUUCGGCGUAAACUCCACACGGCAAAGAGCUAGUACACCUCAGGGCUUCUAGUGGUGCUUUUAUCAAGUUUAACAGCAAAGUGCAUGAAUGUCCGGACCAUUUUGGAAGGGAUAGCAGUAGUACAUCAAUGUGGCUGGGCUUGAAGAUGUUUCGCCACUCGUCUGAGAGGCUUUGUAUAGUUUUGUUCUGCUGACGUUAUAAGUGAGAACAUUGGACAGGGUCUCGUGGGAAUUCUCAAUGAUUCCCCUUAAUGAAGCCUCUCAGAGGACUGGCAAAAUGUUUUGAAGAUAUCUGAAGUCCUGAUGUAUUCAACUACAUGUUGACUUUGAUUCCACUCGUAGGCGACUUUGUUUUCUCUUCUGAAGCCCAAACGCUGGAUGCUAGAUAAGGCAAUGCCGAAAGUACUCGCCUUUUAAAGAGUAGAAACCAUGGACCGUUGAUUGAGUGUUUAGGAAUGACUUUCCUAAACGAGUGUCUUGUUCUUUGUACAAAUGACACAUUUUGCACACCCUCCAAUAGCUUUUGAAUAAUUUGCAUACUCCAGUGGUUUGAUACUGGAAGCUUUUUUUUUUUUUUUUUUUUUAAACCUGUUUCUACAGCCAGUUUAGUUGGAUGCAUAUUUAGGUGAGCUUACCUUGUUAUGAAUGCUUGCAUGUUUUCCUUUAACUACGUGAGAGCCUCGGCUCAUGACGCACCUCUCGAGUGGCCGUACUGUUUCUGGAACUAGUUUGUUUACCUGUUUUGAACUAGUUUGUUUACCACCUGAUCUCUAUGAAUACAAAUUGUGUUAAUGAGCAGGGGCCUACGUGGUGACUUGAUGCUUGGCGUGUAACCACGGCCUUAAUUCUACGUCUCAUAUUAUCAACACCCAGUUUCAGGCCGUUUUAAACUUUUGUUUUUAUACUGAAUCAAUUAUAUGGGCAUUUAUUAUUAAUGGUACCUGAAACACCAAUGGCUGUUUCUAGCUGAUUAAUGGCGCAAAUGUAAAAUUGAGUAUUUCGAGAUGCAGUUGCUUUGUACACUUUAUAGAAAAUGACCGUGUAAUAUGCAUAUGUUGUUAUUUUGGUUGGAAAGAAAUGAUUGCUUGGUGUCUGAGAAAAUUACUUAAGCUGUAAAGCCCGUGUUCUACUGGAGGUGUAAAGGUCAGGCUUCCACACGAUAUGAUUUUGAUUUAUAAGGCAACAAUUCUAUAUGCCAUCAGAUUUGCUACAAGUCAAUUUAAUAUCCUCAGAUCGAUAUGUGAUCAGCUUUGUUCAGGAUCUGGGGUAAGCAUGUUGUUAAUUCGUGAAUGAUGAGGACAUAGAGAAGGAUCCUUUUAAAAGUACCAUAGUUAUGGGCAAAUUACCUUGCUAGCCCAUAAAUUAUCUACAGUUAUUUAAAAAUGUGUAUAUAUAUUAUUUUUUUGUACACCGUUUUGUGCUUUUUCGAUAAUAAUCGAUUAAAAUAGAUAGUAAUCAUAAUAUGAUUGUUGCAUAGAUUUACUUCAAUUGUUGCCUUUGAAAUCAAUGAAUUGAUCCAGAUCACUUCUACUAGCAGACACGAAGCGAUUUGGACGAAAUUGGUGGAACCUCUUUUAAGACUAGAAAUCCAAAGAAUUAUAACCUCCAUUUUCAGAAAGCCAGACCACUGAAACCUUUCUAAACAUAGAAACACCACCACUGAUAGACAAGUAAGGCCACGUCCUUUCCUCAGCCCAUUUUCCCCCAAGGGCAUCUCAAUAUUACAGUCAUCUGAUCUGGUAGAGAUGUAGAGUGUUCAAUAUGAUGCUCGCUCUACCAUUUAACCAUGUUCUUUGCGAAACUCAGCUGUGAUUAUUUGGAUGUUGGUUGCCCAUUGUUUAAAAGUCCUGUGAAGCCACAGAAUUUUUUUUGUUUUUGUUUAAGUGGAUAUUUUAUUGAUGCUGUUGGCUUUACUAUGUCGAUAGUCUGUAUGCGGUACAUAAGACUGAUUCUCAGUAUUGUGCUUCCUAAGCUAUGCAUGGCAUUCUAUAACAUUUGUAUAUCAUUUAAGUCCACACACUUGUUCUAAUACUGACACGAUUGACACCUGCUACAUACAGUAACAAGUACUUCUCGAUUGAUAUGCUAUGCAUGAUGAAUGAUUAACACAGAAUAAGGCCACUCAGGUUUCUCUGGAAUGCUGAAUAUACCUCAAAUAUAUAUUUAGGUUAGUCAUAAGAACGUUUUAAAAAAAGGUUUUGUUUAUUGUAUAGAGCAUGGACCUUCAUCCAAACUAUGACUUGACACUUCCACAUCCCAAAUGUGCUUGAGGUUCAUUUUUAUUUAUUUUUUUUUUUACUCACUCUGAAGGCAAUUUCAAAAUUAUACGGUGAGUUCUUGUGCCUUGAAGGUUGUUUGAAAUUAACUUCCAAAUAAAUGACAUGUUGAGGCAAAACUACAUCAUUUCACGCAAUGUGAAUUUUCUUUCUCCGUUAUCUUGUCUGCUAAAAUGGAAUUUUCCACAUGAGGACGGUAGUGCCUGUAAGCUUUGCUUGUUUGAGGAAGUGCAUGAGUCAUGAAGAAAAUGAAGUAACUUAUUUUAACCUCCUCUGGGCGUUGCCUAUUCCUGCACACUGAAUAUUGCUGUCUUAAAAAUGAUAUGUUUUAUUUCAUUUUUUUUUAAUGAUCUAGGUUUAUUGGAACAUGCACUUAUAAGGACAGCAAAAUACGUAAAUGUGCAUCUUAAAGUAAAAGUCCACCCUGAACAACUUGCAUAUUAAUCUUUAUAAUUAACUCGAUCCUCAGUUGUGUCCAAGAUUUAUAUUAUAUUGAAAGUCUUAAGCUUCAUUGACAUUUUGCUAUAUUGUCACCUUGGUUUAAAGUUUCCUACAUUACCCACAAUGCCAUCUAACUGCCUGCUUCCAGUGGAGCCAGUGGGAUUUAGCCCUUGUUUUAUGUCUACCUGUAAAGAGUGAUUCAGCAGUGCUUUAUUCCUUUAAUCUACCCAGCUGUCUCACCUCCUCAUCUGUACACUCUGCUCAAACAGUUCAGCUUCCAAAGCUUUUAACUUUGCCAUUAAAUGCUAUACAGUGCUGCAAAAAUGUGUCCUAACACCCAGAAAUAAGUUCCGGUUUUGAAUGGGUUUUUGGUUACAUGUCUGAAAUAAGGUCUGUGGUUAAUACAAGCUCAGGAUAUAUUUGUUUUAUUCUACAACAUACAAUACACAAGUAAGACCCCACUCAUAACUUUGUUAAGCUUUUACGUGGCUUGAAAAAGGCGGUUGAUAAUGAGUGGCUAAAUGGGACUACAGAGGUUGUCGUGUCGGGGACAUUAAACGUCAUCAUGCCGAACAGGAAAACUCACUACAUCGUUGUGUUUAUACUCGUGCUCUUACAAACUAUUCCAACUCAAACUCUUCAACUUGAAGAUUUAUCAGUUUAUAGUAUUUUCGACUGUGGUGUCGUUCGUUUAUAGCCUGACUUUAGCUUUUUACUUCUGCCGAUUGUAUUUAGGCUUCAAAUUUCAUAAACGCUGUGUUCAUUUGUGAAGAUUAUCCUCACGAACAAAACGUGUAAGGAUCACAAACUUUUGUUAGUCACAGAGCUUAUUUUAUGCAAUAAUCCCAAAGUCAAUGAAAAAAUCCUAUUGGCUUGUUGUCGUGGGAACCAGGGUGAUGCUAUCUUCUGGGUUGGUCUACAAAAAUACAUCAAUUUUGCAGCACUGUAUUGUAUCUUCUUCUUUUUUUUUUUUUUUUAAUUAAUGCCAAAGUAUCAAAAAUACAAACACAUAGCAAAAAUAUAAAAAUUACAUACAAUGAAAUGAUAAUGAAAGCAAAGCAUCAUUUAUACAUACUGUAUAUGCAUACACCUACAUAUAUACAUCCACACACUCACACAUAUAACUUUACUGAAAACGUUAUUGAAAUAAAUUAAGAAGAUGACGCAAGUUUAUUGUCUUAAGAGCGUUAAGAUUCUUAGAUAAUAAAAUAUUUGGGAUGUACUGUUGGACCUUUUUUCUAAAAACAAUGAAUAAGGGAUUUUUAUGAGUGACUUUACUGUGGUGAAUGUGAAAUUUUGCAUGGAGCAGUAAUAGAUUAAUAAUAAAGUAUUCAUUAAAUUUAGCUUCUUGUAUAUUAAAGAAGCCGAACACUACAUCCUAAAAAAACCCAAAGAGAAACCCAGAAGCACAUUGCAGUUAAUCAACUUAGCUGUGUGUAAUAGCUGUGUGUGAGGACAA